GCCUUCCUGCACCUUUGGAGCCAGCUGCUCACUUGCUGACUCAAGAACUAUAGUUACUGACAGGCGUGGAGCCGUGAGCUAUUACUGUCCUGCCCUGUUCCCUUGAAAUAGGGUGGGGAGAGUAGGUGGAAACUUCGAUACAAAUGUGAACUGAAAGAACUGAAAGUUUUGUGAGACGAAGUCUGUGCUUGUGCUUGUGUUUUCUGAAGCGGUGAAGGAAAGAUUCCUUUAUUAAGCACACAGACUCAGGUGCUCUAGGGAGCACACAUGUGACUCGCCCUGUGUCUUGACCACUCCCCUAGGUGGACUUCUGUGUCAGCAGUGCAGGAUCUGCAUUCCACCGAUGACCGAAAUUUGAGGAUUUUUGAGAGGCGGACAGAGUCCUCUUGUUUGUUUGGAUAAACACUUGACAAGCUGGAUCAGAAAUACUUUCCUGGGAUGUUAAGUAAAUAAAGCAGAAGCCUAGCAAGUAGUAGGGUGGAUAUUUUGUUUCCCUUUUCGUGUAUGAACUUCAAAGGCUCUGAAGUUGAAUAACAAACUUUGCAGCCAUGCAAACGGAAGCAGACUGCUUCAGUCCAGAAGCUCAGAAACUGGCUGAAGCAAGGCUCGCAGCAAAGCGAGCAGCACGAGCUGAAGCACGGGAGAUCCGAAUGAAAGAACUUGAGAGGCAGCAGAAGGAGAUCUAUCAGGUCCAAAAGAAAUAUUAUGGUCUGGAUACAAAGUGGGGUGACAUCGAGCAGUGGAUGGAAGACAGUGAGCGUUAUUCUCGUAGAUCCAGAAGAAAUGCCUCGGCUUCAGAUGAAGAUGAGCGCAUGUCAGUGGGUAGCCGUGGAAGCCUGAGGGUUGAAGAAAGGCCAGAAAAAGACUUUGAGAAGGGAGUUCGUACUGUGUCAAGCUUAUCAGCAGCUACACUAGCCUCUCUGGGUGGAACUUCCUCCCGGAGAGGCAGCGGGGACACCUCCAUCUCCGUUGAUACUGAGGCAUCCAUUAGAGAAAUUAAGGAUAUCAAUGAGUUAAAGAACCAGAUUCAGGAUGUAGAAGGCAAAUACAUGCAGGGAUUGAAAGAAAUGAAGGACUCCCUAGCAGAAGUUGAAGAGAAAUAUAAAAAGGCUAUGGUGUCUAAUGCUCAACUAGACAAUGAGAAAACCAACUUCAUGUACCAAGUCGAUACUUUGAAGGAUGCAUUGUUAGAGUUAGAAGAACAGCUGGCAGAAUCCAGGAGGCAAUAUGAAGAGAAAAGCAAAGAAUUUGAGCGGGAAAAGCAUGCUCAUAGCAUAUUGCAGUUUCAGUUCACGGAAAUCAAGGAGACCCUGAAGCAAAGAGAAGAAAUGCUCGAGGAAAUCCGACAGCUGCAACAGAAACAGGAGAGCUAUAUCAGGGAAAUUUCUGAUCUUCAGGAGACGAUAGAGUGGAAAGACAAAAAAAUAGGGGCGUUAGAGAGGCAGAAAGAGUUCUUUGAUUCCAUAAGGAGUGAGCGGGAUGACCUCAGAGAUGAGGUGGUUGUGCUGAAGGAACAACUGAAGAAACACGGAAUAAUUCCAAACUUGGAAGUAGCCAUCAAUGGGGAGGCUUUAGAUGGUUUCGAUAAUGAAGCACAUUCAGAUUCUACCAAGAUUACUCCAGGAGCAACUCAGAUCCUACAGACAGCUGGGGAUGGGACACUAGGCAGAGCGAAUGAAGUGGACAUGAAAGAUGAGAUUUUGGAGGAUGUGGGGAAAAGAGAAAUCUUGCAGAAUACUGAGCAUGAGGAACACAAAGAGGAGUCUGAGGAGCGGGAAAUUGUAAAGGAGUGUACGGAAAUAAAGACAUUGCAUGCUGAUGAAAAUACAGAGGCAGAGAAAACCAUGGAAGACAAUGAUGUCACAUCAACAGUGAUGUUAAGUAGUGGACGUGAGGAACAAAUUCAAAGCCACACAGAACAUGUUUCAGGAAAUGUUUCUUCCACUGAAAAUAGUGAUGUAAUUGAGUUGAGAAAGGAAACAGAAUCAGGAGAUGGUAGCAUAGAAGCCCAACAGUCUGGUAGUAAGGAAUCUGAACAUAGUAGUGAUUUAAAUCACUUGACUAAUGAGAAUGGGGAAACAGGUACACUGCAAAGUCAGGGCACUGAGACUCCUCAGGGAAUACCUACUGACUUAGACACAGAGCAUGAAUCUGAAAGAGUUGCACAAGAGCAGAAAGUAAAACAAGAGGAUUUUACAGUUUGCCAGAGAGAAGGCAGUACUGAAAUAUUUCAGGAAGCUCUUGAUUUUGUGGUUAGCAGCCAUGCGUCAGCUUCUGAUCAGUCAGGAUCACCAGAAGGUGCAAGAGCAGGUACAGGUAUUGAAGAAUCACAUGUGGAGGUUCACACUGAAAGUCUCUGUCAAGCAGAAGAAAGCACUGAAAAUGAGGUUAUGAGUAGUUUGGAGAAACAGCUUGAUGAAGAUGAAGGGUGCAUAGACAGAACAAUUAGUAAAGUAGGGAGUGGUAAAAAUGAGAGUGAUACAGCCGAAGAAGAAAAUAAGACUGGAAAUACAGUUCCGAGUCAGGGAAGGAAAGAAGUAGAUUCUGUGGAAGAGGAGGGAGAAGCAGCAUGUGAAAGUGAGGUCACACCAGAUACAAUUGUAAAGGAACAAAAACCAGAUGAAACACAUACUCUGUCCACUUUUUCAAAGAGCGAUCUGCUAUUAGCGGAAGAGGAAGGAAAUAUGCAAGAUGAGGCAGAGAAUGAGAAGGAUAUUAUUGGGAGGGGACAAACAAAAGACAUAGGAAAGAUGGAAGAAUUGACAGGCAUUUUGGACAUACAACCAGAUUCUGAAAACAAAAAGGUGGAAGAGGAGGAACCUGUGGCAUCCCUAGAUGAAAUUGCAGAGAUAAAAGAGGGUGUAUCGCAUCAGACAGGGCAGGACCAAGAUGUCAUGAAAGAAAGUCAAUCCCAAGAAACUAUUUUAGUUCCUAGUCCCAGCGAUCAUGAAAUUGAGGAGUCAAACACAGAAAUGUGGGAUGAAUCUAGGAAAGGAAAGGAAAGUAGAAGUGAGUUGAUGGAAGAUGAGAGAACACAGGUAGAAACCCAAACAAUUAAGUACAGUGAAGAAAUAAAGAAUAAUCCAAUACAAGAAAAAGAUAAGACUGUAGAAAAUGAAAUGCAGAAAGUAGUUAAACAAGAGGAAGAUGAAUCUAGACAGGAAUUGACUCAAGAUGUCAGUGUAAUUAUUGAAGAGAAAGUUGAUGAUAAAGAGGCAUCAGUGGAAAGUAGCAAGAAGCUGGAUCUUCCAGACCAGCAGCAUGAUAGAUUCGUUUCUGAUGAUAGUUCAUUGCAGAAAAUCACAAAACUAUCACAGCAACUUAGUGAAUCCCUUGAGGGCAACACAAAGGAAAUGGAAGUUCAGAACACUGUGUUAGAUGAUGCAUGUCAACUUAGCAGAAAAGAAAGGGAUACAAAACAGAUGGGAAAUGGGAAUGAGGAAGAUGAAAAUAAAGGAAUAGAAGAGCAACAUGAAUUUCAAGAAGUUAAGAAACUAGAAGUUGAUCCAGAUAGUGAGGAAGAUGCUGAUAACCUCAAGACACAGAAAGCAGAGCUGGAUGAGAAGCCUAAUGAACAAGUUGAGGUGGAGGGUCAAGAGGAGGAAAUAGUGGAAGAUGAUGGUAAAAAAAAUGAUUUUGAUGACGAAUUAGGGCAGAUAUUAAAAACUCCUGGAAAGCAUGAUGCUGAGAAAGUUAAUACACAAACGUUGGAGGAAGUUAGGGAAAAGGAAAUAGUCACAGAAACUGACAAAACAGAAAAAAGUGAAAAGGAGGAAACUCAUCAAAGCAGAACACAGAGUGUAGAGAAUGAGGGCAUGGUUACUGAAGGCAAUGCUAGUAUCCAGCAGGAAAAAGAAAAGGAAGCUGAAGAAGCUGAUCAUUUGCAAACUGAUGCAUCUCAGUCUGCAGCUCCAGAAAAAGCAUGUGAUCUGGUGGAGGAUGAAACUGAAAAUGAAAAAGUGUUAGACAGCAAUGAUAUGGAAAAAAUAGCUGAUGGAUAUUCAUCAGAACAGGAGUUAGGAAACGUAGGCAACACUAGGGAUGAAAGCAAAGAGGAUAUGCAAGCUAGUAGAAGGGGCAAGGGUAGAUCUAAAGAAGAUUGUAUGAUAUCAUGAGUUCAAAAUCUAGGACCCAAAUAAGUUACAUACCAUUCUAUUGGUUUCAGUACAAAAAUGCAUUUUGCACAAUAAAUCAGACUUUAGAAAUACUCUUUAAGUUUCUCUGUAUGCAAGUCUCAUAGUACAAUGUCAAUCUAUAUAUAUGGACAUCCAUCCAAGUUAUUUACUGUGAUAUAUGUUCACCAGAGAUUAAACAUGUAGAUUUGUUUUUAAUCUCUCAGGUUUCAUAUUUUAUCACCAAAAGAACAAGCAGCACAAAUGUACUGUUCAGGUUCACGUCUGGUUAAAAUGCUUUGAAGGCAGAUAUCUCCUACCAAGAGACCUUAAAUACUGCUCUUAUUUUCUAGACUAGUUUUAAGCAAAUUAGAUGUUUUGAAUGUACUUAAAUACCUGCCAUAGGUCUCUGUUAGGUACAUUACGACUUCAUGGUCACUAUCAUAAAGCAACUCUCAAGUAUUACAGCACUGUAAUAAUAUCCAAACUUCUUUGUGAAUACCUAAAGAUUCCGGAACCAAAUAUAUAUAUAUAUAUAUAUAUAAACCCACUUCUUGUGUGAUUUUAGUAUGAACACAUUCCAAAGCAUGGUAUAUAAGAUAAACACACGAAAUGCCAAAAUAUUAGUUAGGUCACUGUGAAUCUGCUUAGUCUGCACACUUUGAAAGAACAGUAUAGAGUUUAAGAAAUUAAACUUGUUAGUCUUCUGAAAGGAAUAAGUGUAUCCAUGUUUACUUAAUCUAGGCACUUUGCACCAGAAUAAGCCUUCUACAUCAUGUCUCACAUGUGCUUUUUUUAUUUUUUUUUAGGAUUGUUUUGGUACACACACAAGUACAUUUUAUUGCAGUUAAUAGUAUGAUAAAAUAUCUAUUUUUCUUAGAGGAAAGUUUGUUUAAAUUGCAUUUCCUUAUUGCAUUGUCUUUUUUGCAAAAAUAUGGUUAUGAAAGAAUGUUUUCUUAUCUCAAUAUAAACUUUUUUUUUCCUUCCUCCUUGCCAGGAUGAAGUCAAUUUUGAAUGUCUUAAUCAGAUAAUUGGUAUUGCUCUUUAUGUACUAGUGCCCAUAUAGCCAAACCUGCCUUUUUGAAAAUCUCUCUCAACAGCUAGAUUGCUUGUGAUAGCCUGAAUAUAAACAGUAGAGAUGUAUGUCUUUUAUUUGCACGUUUUAAACCAGCUGGGAAGAAAUGUGUUUUUUGCAAGAGAAAACAUUCUUUUAAACUUGUUUUAAGCAAUGAAAUCGAUGCAAACUCAAGGUUUUGGGUGGUCUAUAGCAAGAUAUUGCUUGUAUUGCUGUUACAAAAUUAGUAGAGUGCAAAUAGAUUGAAAAGAUUCAAGAUGUAUAUCACAAAUGUACUGAGCUGUAUAUAAUUGAAAUAAACUUAUUUUAUACUUUAAAA